AUGGUGUUCUUAUGCAAAAAAUGUAAUCAAACGUUUACGAAUAUUUUUGACUACAAGAAACACAUCGUCGGUCAUUCCUCGGAGCAAUCAUCAAAUACAUUGUCCUCAUUGGCAUCCAAAACAACAUUAGCACCGAAUGCUGAAAUCAGCAAUACAAACAACACCUCUUCAUCAGUAUCACCGUUCUUAUGCAAAAAAUGUAAUCAAGGGUUUGCGGAUAUUUUUGAAUACAAGAAACACAUCUCCACUCAUUCCUCGGAGCAAUCAUCAAAUACAUUGUCCUCAUCGGCGUCCAAAACAACAUCAACACCGAAUACUUCUACCAACAUUAAUUUUGCCUCUUCUUCUUUUCAACCCCGAAACCCUACAAAAUCCAGCACUUCUCCUAUCCUGCACUCACAACACCAUCAUCAAGCAGGUGUCGAUCGAACCUCUUCUUCUCCGAUCUCUUCGACAUCAAUCCAUUCUUCAACAACCAGAACUUCCCCAUCACAUGCUGAGUCAUAUCAUUCGGAAAGCACCAAGAGUGUUUUGAGUGGAGGCUCCGGAAAUAUUAGUAGUUUUGGUAGACCAAGUUCAGCAUCACCUCCCUCCCAACACUCAUUUCCACAUGAUAACAGAAUGUAUUCAAAUGAUCCUCCUUUUUAUCAGCAGUUUCAUCCACCAGUCUUUCAAAAUGUUCAAUUACCCUAUCCUGGUGCUUAUUUACCCAGCUAUCCAUCGGUUCCAUUGUAUCAUCAACAUUACAAGCAGAACAACCCACCAAUACCGUCAUAUCAUCAUCAUGCUCACCAUUUCCAAAAUCAAGAAAUUGAACAGCUUUCUGAUAAUUUUGCAAAUAGUGCGAAUUUAGGAUCAUAUUCUAAACCUCAGGCGAGCAUCUCAGAACCAAUGAGGAGCAUAUGGUAUUGUCCUAUUUGUAAUGUUGAAUGCAACAGUCAGCAAAAAUUGAAUGAGCACAAGCAAGGAAAAACACAUUUGAAAAAGUUAAAAAAUCAUCACUUACUUUCAGAGCAGGUCUCUCCCCAAAAUGUCAAUAACGAAAGACCGCCCUCUUCAGCUUCAACAUCACCACUUCCUUCUCUAAGUGAUUUAAAAGAUGUUAUAGAACUCCAAAAACGAGAAACUGGAGAUUGGUUUAAGUGCAAAAUAUGUGACGUUGAAUGUAAUGGACCGGACGUCUUGAUGAAUCACUUGGGCGGAAAGCAGCACAAGAAAAAUCGUGAAAGAUAUGAGCUAAAAACUAAAUUAUUGGAAACAGAAAAUACUAAAAACAAUGUUGGUACUCAACAGAGUGGUGUUAGGAGUAGUGAUGAUGGUAUAAGCAGCAAUACUGAUACAAGUUUGGAAUCCAUAACAGAAAUGAUUAACUCAGGUAAAUUGAUUAAAAGAGAUGGAGGAAGCGAAGAAGGUUUUUAUUGUGCUAUAUGUGAAACAUUUUGCAAUAGUCUUGAUGCGCUUAAAGAUCAUAUUAGUGGAAAAAAACAUUUAAAAAAUAUGAAAAAUGCUGCUGCUUUGGAGCUAAGGGAAAAGAGCAUGAAAUUACAAACUCCAGCUUCUCUUCAUACUCAUCAGCAACAGGAUGAAGAAUUCUAUAGAGUCAUUGGUAUAAAUACGAAUGAUCAAUAUCUAGACUUUGAUUUAUCAAGAGGAGUUCAAAUUUUGGAAUACUUUUUUACAAAAGUUUAUUUCCAAAAACCAUCUUACAUCGAAGAGUCUGAAGGACCACCUCAUUCAAUGACGUUUAAAUGUUUAAUCCAUGUAGAGCAUCAUAAUUUUACUGUUGAAGGAAUAGCUUCUUCUAAAAAGGACGCAAAACGAUAUGCAGCUAUCGAAACAUGUCGAGUGUUGAAUGAAAAAGGGCUUUUAAAAGAGGUGGUUCCUGAUUAUUUAUAUUACAACCCACUUAGCUCUCUCUCAAACAAGUAG